UGUUGAGCAGUUCUGUGAAACUUCAGAAUGGGAUUAUUCCUAGGGCCAAACAUUCAUUAAUUAACCGUCGACAGGCCUUAAGGUGACAUCCUGCGAACCACACUCAAUAAUGGUUUGUAAAGAAGACCUGUGCAACUGGUUCAAACAGUUGAGUCCACACAAACGGAUAGAUUAUAUGUGUGGAAUCCUGGAUAUGUGCCUCCCUUUUGAGUUGAGAUUUUUAGGGUCAUGUGUUGAGGACCUUGCUAAGAAAGAUUUUUCUCAUUUGAGAGAGCAGGAAGGCAAGGCCAACAGUCGAUAUGAUCUGUCAAAAUUUGGAGAGAGUGAAACAGAUGGUGAAUUGUUUAGAACUAAAAUGGCAGUUUACCUAGCACUUCUACAUUCGUCUAAUAGGAAUUGUUCCAAUAUCAUCUUUGAAAUGUUAGACAAUCACAUGCAGAAGGCUUUGACAGAAGUUGAUGGGAUGAAUUCCGAUACUGUUCAGAAGGUGUUGCUAGUUUUAGCAAUGGCAAUGAACCACCCAGCUUUCAGCUACAGUCAAAAGAUGCGAAUGUAUGAUCUGUACAAGAUGGCAAGUGAUGCAUCUGAGCGGAUACUGAAUCAGGAGACUGAUGGUCGUCUGAUUUUGUCAGAGUUGUGUGAUCUGCGUUCCUGUGACCAGGGCCUGUCACCGAUGUGUUCGCCCAACCCGAUACACCUCAUUCCCAGCCCAGUGCCAGCAAUGCCUGUUCAGCAACGUCUCUACCCAACACAACCACCGCCAGAAAAAGUGUUUGUCUGUGAUAUAGUUGUCAAGGAGUCUCGUAUUCGUGAUGGAACCAAAAAGGAUGUAGAAUAUCACCUUCAGGUGACCUGGUCAAACGGUGAGAAGAAGGAUGUGUAUAAAACAUACCAGGAGCUAGAGGAAUUCCACAAUAAGUUAGAGCUGAAUUGCAAAGAUGAAAAGCAGAUACAUGAAAAGUUCUUCACUAUACAGAAAAUUCAAGGAACUCACAACCACCGUAAGGAGAACACCAGUCAACUACGGGAGUAUUUUGGUAUGUUGGCUAACUUGCCCCAGUCUAUACGAGAACGUGAGAUGUUCAGCUCAUUUUUCAAGAUGUCUGACGCCUCCACUAGUCCCUUUCUUCAGGAACCUUCGGUGCAGCAAUUCACAAACUCAGGAGAAGGAGAUCCUUCUGUGAUAGCGGACUACACCGGGCAACCCAUGCCUGUCUACCCAGCCUAUCUCUCACAGUCUCCAGUCAAUGGUGAUGUGUGCAGCCUUUCUCCACAUAGCCCCGCUCAUGAUCUCACCUACCAGGCCAACACCAACAGUUUCACGUUACCAGGGGUGAAGCCUGGCUCUUCAUUGACCAGCUCCCCAUGCCGUUCUCGUGCCUCCAGCCUUGACUCCUACUCCCAUAGUCCACCGGCAUCUCCCACCCCCACGGACCAGGCAGAGAUCAACCAUGUCAUGAAGAAUGAUGACCUGAAACCGUACCUCAAAAAGCUGACAGGAUUUUCACAUGAGGAACUUUAUUCCAUGGGCCCAGAGGUGUAUGGGAGGCACGGUGUUCCCUUUGAAAUCUCGGAGAAAAUCAAAUCUUACAUCAGUACGUGGCUAAAACUCAGGGAAAAUACCUCAACUCAAAGUGUGCCAAAUGGUGUAAACCCUGUUGUCACCCCUCACACGCCUUUCCAACCACCGCCAAACCACCCUGGGAGCAUGGCAGGGGGCCACUACAUGCCUCCCCCCAGCUUCCCCUACCCCCACCAAGGCCUGCCUGGGCAGGUCCCCCACCCCCCAGUCCUUAGUUCCAUGAGUGCUAAUGCUCCACCGACAAUGUACUCAUUUCCACCCCACUUUGCUGCUACCGCAGGCCUAGGGGGCGGGGUAGGAGACCUGUCCCCCUCUAACUCAGAGUAUUCCAGCCCCUCCCAGAGUCCACAACUGCCCCAUGCUGUGUUGAGGAAAAAAUCACAGCUACAGAAUCAGCCCUCGUCUGAAACCUCUUCUGAUGAUGACAAACGAGAUGGGCAGUACCGGGGAAAAGGCAAAAACCACUCUGCACCUAGCUCAGCCCGAUAUGGGCGUGCAGAUAAACAGACGCAUUUUUCUGGCCCGAUUCAUAUAGUGAGUGGGGGGACAGAGGAACAAGGAGCCCUGCCGGGAAAAAGUGGCUACAACUCUGACCCAACAUUCAAUGGUCGCCACAAAGCUCAGCCCGCUCACACGAACGUGGUUCUUCCACAGAAAUCUGUGAUUCAGAUGCCAGAAAACAGCUUUAAUCCCCAUGGCAUGCAGUUUGGUCCUAGGUAUAUGAAUCUGUAUCCAAGACCUCAUUUUUUUCCAAUGGUUGUUAACGGUGGCUCGAGACCUAUGUUCACGACUGGUUUGGUGAAUUCUAACUCCUCUAACCCUACUGCAAAUCAAUCUCAGGCAGGACUUAAUGGCAUACCUGGAGGAUUUAGUAAUGUUCAAGGUGGCAAUAGUGUGAAUGGCCCUCCAGUGAGUGUUGUGAACUCAAAGAUGUUUCAAGGGGGGGCAGGCAUUUUGGCCCCCGCUCCUGUUGCGCAAUCCCAAGCCAUGGUAGCUGAAAGUGCUGGUGCUCUUCUCAAUGGCAUUGACAAUAAUUCCCAGUCAUCUCAACCCCAAAUCUCCGCAGAAUGGGACAACUUGGCUGCUGCUGCCCCACCGCAGCACAGACCUCAGGUCAUGGGGUCCACAUCAACAAUGACGGCCAGUGUAUCUCACUCCUGCCCAAGUCCGACUGUGGCAACGAGCAGGGCGCCAUGUAACGCAUGUGGUGGUACAGGACAGAACGGCCAACAGCAGCAGGUUAUACACAACCUACAGUAUAUGCAGCAUAGCUUUGUGCCCCACCAUCAGCCUCUAGGCCAUGGUCAUGGUGCCAGUAUUGUCCCUUUUCAAGGUUAUUUCCCCAUACCCCACCAUCACUACUUAAACGGCAUGAAUCCAGACUUGAUGUACAAUCCCAUGAUGGCCAAUCCCUUCCAUGGUAACCAGCCCAUGGGCAAUGUACCCACCAUGUUGAGUGGUUUUAGCUGCUACAACAAUUUACAACCACGUGGUGGCUAUUCACAGAAGCGUCCAAAGAAGCUUAAUUGUCACAACUGUGGAUCCUCAAAACACACGGCCGCUGACUGUAAUGAAGGCUCUAUGGAGGCUAUGUCAGGUCAGUCGAUGUACAAUUACAGGCCGAAAAAUGACUCGGACUGACACAUCGCAGAAUCGACAUCUGUAUAAUCAUGAAAAACUGAAGCCAUUGAUUUUCCUCAUUUUCAUAUUACAUUAUUGGUAAAUAGUGCUCACAAAACAAAUGUUCCUGGUUCAGAUUGUAUAAUACUAAGUCACCUUUCUCACCUCUUUCUUUGAUUGCUGUUUCUGUAAAAUGUAUUGAUUUUUUUUGAUUUUUCACAAAUUUUUUGUUUGGUUUUGCUCGAUUUUGUCAGGUUUAAAAUUUACAACGCCAAUUUUUAUUUUGGGAAGACAAAACACAAUUAAUACUUGACUUGGUUUUAGAUUUGCGCCUCAGUUUAAGAAAAAAACAUUUAUAUUUAACACUCAUUAUAUAUUUAACACUCAUUAUAUUUUAGAAAUCUACAGUAUUUCAAAACUCAUUUAAGAAAAAAUAAUCUGUACGGCCAGGACCCAAAUUCUCUACAAUAUCGUCUUGGGUCUAAGAUUAAGACAGCAGAAUUUGAUUUAAUGACAGAAGUGUUUCUAAAAGAGUUAUGAUUAAAAUUGGUGGAGGAGUUACAAACGGCAACAUCUACUUCAAAAAACUCGUAAUUUGUGAAUAAGAGUUAUAUGAAUCAUGUUUUGUAACAUACUAAUAUGUAAAUUUUCUCACAAGACUGUGAAUAUGGGCCUUUGGUUUAUGAUUGAUAUAAAAAAGUCUCAAUUCUUACCCUUUUACCUCAGAUCAUGUAGUUUUAUGCUCUCAUUUUAAAAUGAUGCAAACAUUAUCAAAAAUACACCAUCAAAUGUAACUCUAAGUGUUAUUCAUUGUCACUGAGAGUUCUAUUUUAGGACAUUUUAGCUUUGAAGGGUUGAGCACAAUGGUUCUAUCUGCCUUUUGUUUGAUGUUAAAGGGUUCAAGCCCUGGUUUAAAAUGGGCAGGGUGCUGUAAAGAAGGGAUAGGGUGCCAAGAAUGAAAAUGGCAAAUUGUUUCAGUCUGUGAAGGACUUAAAUACAUGCUACAAAUUGGCCCAAAAAAGUUAGUUUUAUUUUUUCAUUGAAGUAAUUCUAGCUUUCAACUGCCAGAUUAAGUUGCAAAUAUUUUAAUCACAUUAUCUUUUGAACAAAAUAUAUAAAACAAUUUGAUUAUAUACAGCAUUCAAUUCCAACAAGGCAGAAUGAAUGGGCAUUGAUUAUCUUUCAUUCUUUCGGUGCCCAUAAGGGCAGAGGGGUGCUACAAAUAAAUGGCACAGUUGCAGCACCCUCCUAUAACUCUAUAGCUAAAACGAAGCAAAACAUAGAAUCAUUUUCCUUAUGAUUUUCAGUCUGAUGAUAUGUAUUUAUUUUUUAAUGUGUUUUAUUAUUCCCAUGUUUUAAAGAACUUACUCUUUAAAAAGAUGUGAAGCUAACUUUAUUUACAAAGUCAAUCAAACAUGUGUUGUAAAAUAGAUGUUUAUGAAAGUCUAAUGAAUUUUUUUAUUGUACAGCGAUUUUACUCAUGUGGAAAUGGAGGAGGAUUUUAAAAGGGUUUUACCAGUUGCCGUUUAAGUGAAACCUGUAUGAAUGUCAUGGCAAAAGGAUGAUUGAAUAAUAUUCAUUUUGGACUAUGAUAGGGCUAUUUUGAUGUUGUAAUAUGGUCAUGUUUUAUUGCACAAAGAUACAUUUAUAUAUGAUAAAGAAAAUAACAUAGAAAUAGAAAAAGUUCAAUGAAACAUUGUUCACAUUUGUAAAAGAAACCACAAGCUAUGGGAUUGUAUUGUUGCAUAUUGUAUCGAAGAUCUUUUGUCAGACUACAAUGUACUUUGGUAAGAGAAAUAAGUUCUUAUUAUACAAUUUUAUGUUUACAAUAAGUUACUUAAAUUAUGUUUAUAUUUUUAGCUCACCUGCACACAUGAAUUGAGAAUAUUUAUGGCGAGCUAUUAUGAUCUCCUCUGUGCGUGUCCUUUUAUGCGUCAGAAACAUUAUAGGCUUGUUAACACAAGAUAAAAAAUUCUACCAAAUUAUCAAAUUAUAACAAAUGUUCGGGAUUUUUUCCCGUUCUUCAUCAAACUUGGUGAGUUUGUUUUAAAUCAUGAUAUAUUCAUCUUGGUUAAGUUUUUAUGUAUGAUAGUUUUCACAUUUAAGCUGCACUCUCACAGAUUUACCAUUUUUACAACUUUUUUAUUUUUUGUCUUGGAAAGGGCAAAUUUUUGCGUAAAUAUCUGCAAACCAAUGAUAUAAGAUUGCUUACAAAAACUCAGAUUGUAGAUUUUCAUAUUUCUGUUCAAAAAUUAAUGUUUUAUGGCUUAAACCGUUACUAACGGUUUAAGAAAAAUGCAUAAAACAUAAUUUUUUAACUUAAAUAUAAAGGUCUGCGAUCUAAUUUUUUGUCAGCAGUCUUAUUUAACUGGUUUCCAUGCACUUUCACAAAAAUCGGCUCUACCAAGAUGAAAAAUACAAAAGUUGUUAAAACAUGCAAUCUGUGAGAGUGUAGCUUUAAAUGCAUUAUUGACUAAAUGCUAUGAGUUAUACAGGACCUCCAUGGCCUUCUUAUUUAUAAUACUAGUAAACUAUCAUCAUUCCGCGGAACAGAGCACUUGCAUGUUUGUUUAACUAGAUUCAAGGUCGACUUACUUGACUGGGAAGUGUUUUUGAAAUCCCAAAUACUAAAAAUACUAAGGAGAUGUAUAUUUUUGUGUAAAUACUGUAUGUGAUUUAUGAAUUACAUGUGAUAUUGUGUUUGCUUUCUUUCAACAUGUAAAAUUGUGAUACGAAAUUCCUUAAGAAAGAUUAGACAAUGUUUUUAUAUUGUACAUUCACAGCUGUGAGGUACAGUACAGAUGUUAUACAGACGACAAAUUUGCAAGUGGUUUUUAUUGAUGUUUCUAAUAGUUUUGAAUAAAUUAUAUCUUGAAGGAUACAUGCUAGAAAACAUAACGAAGAAAUCAAUUUCAGGGGCUAUAUUCAAUAAGCCAUCUGAGAUUUUUUAAAUUGAAGAUAAUAUCCAAGUGUUUUCAUUGGACUGUAAAAAUAACUGGCCAAUGAACUGAAUGUUAUCACUGAUCAAUGGAUGUCAAGGGAAAAGGAUAAGAACAAUAUUGAAUCCGGCCCCAGAUUUUAAGAAUCAAAAAGUACUUAAGAUGUUAAAUUCCAGGAUUAAGAGGCAAACUACUGACAAGAUAGAAUUUUUGUUAUUAAGGUUUCUAGUGUACAAAUAAAAGUAUCAUUUCUGGCGUCAGUGGCAAUAAUGUUAAAUUUCUGAUGCCUGGUGACCCCAUAUAAAUACGGUAUUGAAUGGGUAUUGCUUGUAGAUUACAAACAUAUUCAAUUUGUGUAAACAAACCCACAUUAUUAAUAAAUUUAUUGCAGGCUAAUUUUAACUGUCAGAAGUCGGGCAUGAAAAUACCUAUUUUUCAAUCUUUCAAGGGCAAAUUAUUUUUUUCUAAAUAUUCUCCUACUUCUUAAACCAUUUGAAAUGGUUUGAAAAUAAUACCCAGGGCAUUAAAAAAAAGACAUGACUGUGCAUCUGAUACAUUAUUAGUAAAAGAUUGUAUAAUCUUCCUUUAGCAAUGAUGGCUAAUGGUUAAGUUUCUAUAAAUCUCUUACAUGUUGACUUGUAUAAUAGUGCCAUUUAUUUAAGUGCUACAUUUCUGCUGGGCUGGUAUUAAUAAAAUAUUUUAAGUCAUUUCGUAUCUUAAGUCAUUUUUGUAAGUAAAGUAUAUCACUGAUCAUAAUAAUUUUAAAAAAUAUCUGAAAUACUUAAAAGACAUUGAUUUUAUUCAAUGGGACGAUUGAUUAGAACUUGGUUAAAGUUAACAUUGUUGUUAACGUCAUCGUUGUUGUCUUUCAAGUCAAUAUUGCUCUGUAAGUUUCACAGAUACACUUAUGAUUUGCAGUAUUCCUAACAAGAGGUGAGACAACUGUUUAAGUUGUACUUGCUUUAUUUAAAUAUAUACGCACAUCAUCAAAUAGUUCACCAUUAAAAGUUACAAUGAUGUCGUUAAUCCUGUCGUUAACUUUAACAAAGUUCUGAACAAUCAAGCCAAUUGUUACUUUAAUUUUAAAAACACUCAUACUAAGUCUGACUUAGUAUAAAAAAAAUAAGAAAUCGACUUUAGUUAAGAAAUGACUUGAGAUGUUUUAGGAAAAAUGGCCCAGUUUUAUAACUGUUCACUCCUAUUUAUACAAAUGAAAAAAAAAUGUAUUUUUGAAUUGAUGGCCAUAUUUUUGUGAAAUAAGCAAUCUAAUCGUUGUAUAUAUAUAAAAAAAGAUUUGCAACAGUAAUGUUAAUUUGACAGAUGUAACAAGUCAAAUACUAUUGUUGUAAUGAUCAUUCAAUUUGAUCGGAAGAUUUUAUGCCUAUAUUAUGUGAAAGUAUGAACAAUGUUGUUUUUUCUGCAAACAUUCAUAAAUAAUGAAAAAUGACAGACCAUUUCAGUAUAUUAUAAACAGCGGCUUUACAGCUCAGGAAUAAUCCUGAAAUCUGAAUUGAGAGCUUUUGACUUCAGACUAUUGUACAGUUGUAAAGAUUGUUUAUUUCUCGGACGUUUGCAUCGAAAAUAGUAGGAAGUACCUUGAAAUGAAUAUAAAUGACUGGAAACAUUUGGCAUUUGAUAACCUUGUUUCAUUCUGUCUCUAUGUAUAUGAAAUAAUGAGUUUUUAGAAGGAAUCGUCCAUACAAGCAACACUAAUUGUGUAUGCUUUCGACACCAAUUAUCUUAUUUCCCUGACUAUAAGGCGACCUGCGUAUAAGACGACCCCUAACUUUGCCCAUGAAAUCUGGUGUUUUUGUCUAGACUCGUUUAUGAGACAGGGUCAAUUUUUAAAGCAAAUCCAGGACUUCAAUUUCUCCAAGUCCAUGAUAAUGCUCAAGCUAAACAAUUACUGUAAUAAGUAAAUUGAUGAAUACAAACUUAAGGAUCAAAGAAUGCAUAAAACAUAAUUUUUUAACUUAAAUAUAAAGGUCUGCGAUCUAAUUUGUCAGCAGUCUUAUUUUACUGGUUUCCAUGCACUUUCACAAAAAUCGGCUCUACCAAGAUGACCAUUACUAUAGAUUUUAGUUUUAUGAUUUUUAUGACGGUGCAAAAUGUUACGUUCUGAAUAUUUUUUGCAAUAUUUUUAUACAUCAAACUUGGUGUUGAGUCAUGUUCAUUUAAUUUUACAUUAACUUGAUUGGUAAUGUUUAAUUUAUUGACAAUAGGCAUUUUCAAAAUCAAUGGUACAUGAAAAGGGUUGCAUUUUAAAACCAUUUUGAAUUGCAAGAAUUGUCUUGGGACAAGAUUAAUCAAAUUUAGUACCAGGAACUUUCAGUUUUAAUCUGUCAGAUAUCAAAAUACUGUAUAUGAUUCCACAACAAUUUUAUUCAUCCUAUAUUUAGCAUUAAUAUGAAGCUCAUUAUCAUAGACAGCAUUCAUUUGAAGUACAUGAUUAUUCAAUUAAUUUCCAUAUGACAAAUGGCUACACAUGGAUGUGAUUUUUCCACAGAUCCAAUGGCUCCAAGUACCUGUUGGUAGAAAACCAGGAGGGCCCUCAAAAAGGCUUCUAGAAAGCCAAUUUUGCUUCUACGGAACCAUGCUUGAAAACGCUAUUGCAUUGGGCGACUUAAUAAUCGCCAAAGCCCCUUGCUGAAAUAGUUUCAGUUCUUCAGCUGUUAGGUCAAUCACAUCCCCAUCACGGAAUAAUAAGAUAAUUUAACAUUGGUCCAUACAAAACAGAAUAUAUUCUACCGACACCACCAAUCUUGGUAAAUGUAUAUACGGUUUGCCGAGUGGUUCACCCAUUAUGUUUUUCUGACCUCAUCCAAUUAUUUCUCCAUACUGAUCUAUUACCUAUAAUACUGCUUAAUUAUGUUCUCAAGAGAUAGGGUAUUUGUUAAGAAGUGAACUCGAGGAGCCAAUUGUAUUUCAACGAAAAAAAUUCUCAUCAUUUUGUGCAUAUGUGGUGAUUUUUUUUAUGUAUUUUAAUUGACUCAUGUUUUUCAUAAUGAAUUAUUCAUAUUGUGAUUUGUUUACUAUAUCAUGAAAAUUAUGUGAAGUUUGUGUAUAUUUUGAAAAAAAGAGUAAAAUUCCAGUAGAUGUUCAGCUGUUGAGCUCAAUCCCACUAUACCUGUGUAAUAAUUUCCAUACUGUCAAGCGCUAAAAGUUUCACUGUUUUAUGCCGUUGUUAUAUGAAGUAACUGUAAGUAUGAAAAAAAUGAAAUGGUUUUGAGUGAAUGGUACUUUACAAGUUAAGUUUGUCAUGGAAAAGCCAAUGAAUUUGUUAAAAGUAUUGACUUGAUUAUUGAAAUGCCUGAAAAUGUAAUUGCAUUUAUGUACAGUAGUUUAAUUUUUUUUAAAUUCAGCAAUAUAUGAACAGUUCAAACCAAAAUAUAACUUAAAAUUAGUUAAAAACAUAUUUUUCUAUUUUAACAUAAACCUUUUUUAUUGCAUAGAGCAGGAUUAGCGUAAGAUAGUCAUAACUCUAUAUAAAAAUAGGAGUUACGACUAUCUAGCACUGAGCCCUCGACAAACAUGGCAUAUAUUGUUUAGAGAUCUUGUUUAUACAUGUAUGUGCAUAUGUGAAUGAACAUAUUUUGCAUGUUUUUAACUUUGUAAUAUACUGUACAUUUCCAAUGUCUCUGUUAUUUGUUGAUCUUUUAAAAAAAAAACAAAAAAACUGCAAAUAUAUUUUGUGCAUUAAAUUAUGCAGAACUUCACUGAUAAGAGAACGGUUUUAAAAACCAUGGAUGAUGACGUCAAUCCUGAAAUCGUGAGGGAGAGCUUUCAAAUUCAGAAUUAUGCUGUAUAUUUUGCAAGUUUGUAUAGAACAACCUCGGAAUUGAUAUUAUUGGCUUGAAUAACAAUUUUGAAAGGGGUCAAUGUCCCUUAAGCCUUCUCUUGGCCUAAAUUUCUCAUUCGCGAAACUAUUUCAGGAUUGGCUUGAAUCCCUCAUACUCAAACUUCUUCAGGAUUGGGAUUUCUGGUCUGUUGUCAUCCUUGAAAACCUCACAACGAUGUGUGCAUUUAUAACUGACGAGUCUAACCAAGACGAAACAAUUGUAACGCUAAACUGUGCCAUACAUGUAGCUUAAUUUCUAUUUUAAAAACUUGCCUUAUAAUUUUACGGCUCACAUUUCUGGGCUGCUGAAAAGGAAACAUUGGACCCCACUUUCUAAUCUUAUUAAAAUUCAGGUGUGAAAAAGAUAUGUUGAAAUAUGGUAGUAGAGACAUAGUUGAGUGAUCGAUAAGGUUCCAUAUUAUUUUAUUGUACAAAUGUCUUGUUCAUUUAUUUGUUAUUUUAUGACUAGGAAGCUUAUACAUGUACAUUCAUGGAAAUUGCAUCGAGUUUUGUAUUGAACUUUUAAUCUGUCAAAUAUCUAUUAAACGAAUAUUAUUGCAAUAAAAAAUCAUUGAAAUUUAUUAUUCCUCUAAAAACGGUAAGCCUUUAUUAUUCAGCGGUUCUUUUAUUGUUUAUAAACAUUAUCAUGCUCAAAAUUGUAACUUUCAUCAUUACUGCAUGACUUGUUUCCAUGUUGACGAAACAUUGUUGUUGUAUGCAUCUGUUUAUAAAAGGGAUUUAUCCCAAUCAGCGAUUUUGCAAGUUAUGGCAAAAACAUAAAUAUUGAACUGUUAGUAUUUGUUUAAAAAUACAUGUUCAUAUACAAAAAAAUCAACAAAAUUGUGAAACUGAGACAAAAUA